AUGCGUUUCUCAUCGUUAAGCAUCUUGGGCGGAUUCGCCAGCCUCAUCGCUGGUCAGUCGACUUUCAACCCGGCGCGCCCUCCGUCUCUCCCUUUAGCUGUCAAGAGCCCCUACCUCAGCACUUGGUUUCCUGCUGGGAAGAAUGGCGGCAAUGGAGGAUAUCUCGCGGGACAGUGGCCUACCUUCUACACUGGUCAAGUUGUAGCAUGGACCGGACUCAUCCGCGUGGAUAACCAAACCUUCACCUGGCUUGGUGCGCCACAAGUCGACAGCGACCUUGCAAACCAGACUGCCUACGAGUACACCAGCUCGAAAAGCAUAUUUACCAUCGACAUCGACGACAAGGUGACAAUCAAGGCCAGCUUCAUCUCGCCACUCACUCCCAAGGAUUUCAAGCGCCAGUCUCUCAUCGCCUCGUAUCUGAACGUCGAAGUCGCGUCCAAAGACGGGUCCGAUCACGAAGUGCAGCUGUACACUGACAUCUCAGCUGAGUGGAUCUCGGGUGACCUCACGGCGGUGGCACACUGGGAGUAUGAUACGACGGACGACCUCUCAUAUCACAAGGUUUGGAAGCAGGACCAGCAGCCUUUUAAUGAGGUGAACGAUCGAGCUGAGUGGGGCAACGUCUACUACACAACUGAUACCAAAGAUGGUUUGACCUACCAGUCCGGUUCGGACAAGAACGUACGUGGCGCUUUCGCCUCGAACGGGAAGCUUGCCAACACCAAAGAUACCAACUAUCGUGCCAUCAACUCAGACUGGCCCGUGUUUGGCUACGCCAAUGAUCUCGGUACGGUAGGCGGCACACAGGCGACUUCCGUCCUCUUUUCGAUCGGUCUGUACCAGACAGAAGCUAUCCAGUUCCUUGGAAAGGACGGCGACGAGAUCCUGCCGUCCCUCUGGACUAGCUACUUCGCCGAUGACGUCGCUGCGUUGGCCUUCUUCCACAAGGAUUUUGACAACUCGAACGAACUCACAUCUGCUUUCGACGACCAGAUCGACAAGGAUUCAAAGGCUGCCGCAGGUGACGAUUAUGCUAUUCUCACCACGCUCGCUGCGCGGCAGGUCAUGGGAGCCACUCAGCUGGUUGGGAACGAAGACAGGCAUUUCCUGUUCCUCAAGGAGAUAUCCUCGAAUGGCAACACACAAACGAUCGAUGUGAUAUACCCUGCCACACCCUUUUUCUACUACGCCAACCCAGAUCUUGUCAAGUUGAUGUUAGACCCGCAUUUCGAGAACCAGGAGAGCGGCCACUAUCCCAAUGCGUGGGCUAUUCAUGACCUCGGGACACACUACCCUAAUGCCACAGGCCACGCGGACGGCAAUGAUGAGCACAUGCCUGUUGAGGAAUGCGGGAACAACAUCAUCAUGGUCCUAAAGUACGCCCAAACCGCCAACAAUAACGCCUACCUAGAAGCCCACUACCCCAUCCUCAAGCAGUGGGUCGAAUACCUCGUAGAAGACAGCCUCUACCCCUCUGAACAACUCUCCACCGACGACUUCGCAGGACACCUCGCGAACCAAACCAACCUCGGCCUCAAAGGCAUCAUCGGCAUUGCCGCCUUCGCGGAGAUUGCCUCCCUCGUCAACGAGACUGCAGACGCAGACAAUUAUACGUCCAUCGCGAAAGACUACAUCACACGCUGGGAAGUCCUCGGCGUCAACGCCGCCGCCGACCCACCCCAUGCCACGCUCAAUUACAACAACGAGACUACCUACGGCCUCCUGUACAACCUCUACAACGACAAGCUUGUCGGCACCAACCUCGUUCCGCAGCACAUCUACGACAACCAGAGCGCGUUCUACCUCACGGUCGCGAACACGUAUGGCGUGGACCUCGAUACACGCAACGCGUUCUGGACCAAGGGCGACUGGGAGAUUUUCUGCGCUGCGAUUGCGGCGGAGGAGACGAGGGAUAUGUUCAUUAGCAAGUAUGCGAAGUGGGUGGACGAGACACCGAGUGCGAAUCCUUUUAGUGACUUGUAUCUUACGAAUAGUGGAGAGCAGACGGGGAUCAACUUUCGCGCGAGGCCCCUUGUAGGCGGGAUGUUUGCGCUGUUGGUUUUGUAG